GUCACUUACAGAAACUCUUGCGCGUGUGGCCUGCAGCUCGGACAGCGGUCAGAUCAUCUGAUCAUCAAACACCAGAAACUCUCACCAUGGGAAACUGCCAACCAACCGUUGUUCCUUAUGAAGACUUCGAUGUAGUUGCUGACAUAAAGGCCAUUCGCAAAGCCUGCAAAGGUUUAGGAACUGAUGAGCAAGCCAUCAUAGACAUCCUCGCCAAUCGAAGUGCAGCUCAGAGACUGGAGAUCAAGGAAGCGUACUUUGACAAAUAUGAUGACGAGCUGGUGGAGGUUUUGAAGAGUGAGCUGACUGGUAAUUUUGAGAAUGCCAUUGUUGCCAUGCUGGACCCUCCUCACGUGUUUGCUGUCAAAGAGCUCAGGAAGGCCAUGAAGGGCGCUGGCACAGACGAGGAUGUCCUGGUGGAGAUUCUGUGCACUUCUACCAAUGCUGAUAUUGCCACUUACAAAGAUACCUACAUGCAUGUGCAUGACAGGGAUUUGGAGGCAGACAUUGAAGCAGACACCAGUGGGGAUGUUAGGAGACUGCUAACAUUGCUCCUCGAGGGUAACAGAGACGAGAGCUAUGAGGUGGACGAAGCACUGGCAGAGCAAGAUGCCGUCUCACUGUUUGAAGCUGGAGAGGGCAGCUUUGGCACAGAUGAGUCAACCUUCAGCUUCAUCCUGGCCACCAGGAACUACUUCCAACUGCAGGCCACAUUCAAAGCUUAUGAAGCCAUUUCUGGAACAGAGAUUCUGGAUGCAAUCGAUAAGGAAACCUCCGGAACUCUGAACGACUGCUACACUGCACUCGUGAGGUGUGCUAAGAACCCUCAGCUUUACUUUGCCCGGAAGCUGAACGCGGCGAUGAAAGGCGCUGGAACUGACGAAGACACUCUCAUCCGCAUCAUUAUGUGUCGCUCAGAGAUUGAUCUGGAGACCAUUAAAGACAUGUACCUGGAGAAAUACGACGUGUCUCUUAAAGACGCCAUCAGUUCGGAAUGCGGCGGAGAUUUCAAGCGCCUGCUGCUGGCCAUCCUUCACUAAAGAAACCCAGUCCUAGUGCUCACCGUGGACCAAGGAGGUUUUCACUACAGUCAUAUAUGUUUUAUAUAGCUUAGUUUGAAGUGGAGAGUUAGUAACACAAGCUUCAAGUACAAUAUGUUUGAUAUGAAUGUUUUAUUAUGCCGUGCAAAUAUGUAUUUCGUAUAUAUUAUGAAGAUGCAUAACACCACUCAAAUGUCUCAUGUAAACAAACAGAAACAUGCAUUGGUGUCCAGUUUCUGUGGCAUUCCUUAUUCUUGGGGCAUAAUUGGCCAGUUGAAUUAGUUUAAGUGGAGUUUCCAGGAUUAUAAGAUAACAUCGUUACAUUAUGAAGUUGAGAAGUCAAUGCAUGAAUGAUACAAAGCCAGCAUUUCCCAUCUUGCAGUGUUUUUCCACACUGAAACCUCACAGUUUUACUGUUUCAAAAUGUGCAUGACCAUGUGAAUCUUAAUAUUUAUGUGAAUGACUUUGUAAGGCUUAAAUGCUAAAACUACAAUGUAACAUUUACAUUAUGCGAAACAGUUGCUUAUUUAUGAGACUUCUGCAGCUUUUUUUUUGUUCACUUGUGGUAAAAUAUCGAAAUUAUUGAAGAAACGGUUUUUACUCACCCAAUUAAUAUUCUCUGUGUUGUUAUGACUAAAACAAACAUAAACACUAAAGUAUUUAUAUCAUUUACAUGAAAUCAUUUUAAUAUAACGUACAGUAUAUUUUAAUAUACCUGUAACAUAAGAAUACAGGCAAAGUUCUGCUAUUCUCCCAAAAAUGUAUUUAAUCAGAUUUAUAUAAAGAACGUUUACUAGCCCCAUGUGUCAGUUGGUAUAAAUGAAUGCCAGGACUAUUUGAAUAUUUAAAUGAAACAUACAGUGGUAUGAAUAAACAUGAGAUGGAAUCUGGAGUAGGAUGUUCUGUAUUAAUACAAAUGUAUUUCCCUAAAGUUAUUAACUGAAUAAAAUAAAGCAGUUCCUGGAUGACUAUCAA